CAUUGUCUUCCUUGCUACCAAGGUCCACGCUUAAUCAAUUUCCAUCCCGCUUUCGGUCUACAAGAUCCUUCAGUUCUUUCUCUCUCACUCAAUCCAUCCAUCAAAUCAUCAGUCAAUUUGACUCUACUCUUUCAAAAUGGUAUUUAUGCGCUCCGUCUCCCGUCAACUUCGACGGCCUGCGACUUCUCUUCUUUCGAGCAGAGGCCCUCUCGCAUCGGCGGGCAGCAGUCCCUUUCGGACAUCGCCUUUGGCCAACAUUGCUGGUGCACGUACGCUAACCGCCUCGGCCAAUCUACAGGGCAAGGUUCUUAUGGUUCUCUAUGACGGCGGUGAGCACGCCAAGCAGCAGCCUGGUCUUCUGGGUACCACUGAGAACGAGCUUGGUUUGAGAAAGUGGCUGGAGGACCAGGGCCACACUUUGGUCACCACCUCUGACAAGGAGGGUGAGAACUCCACUUUCGACAAGGAGCUCGUUGAUGCCGAACGUUUGGCCAAGGCCAAGAACCUCAAGAUCGCCGUCACUGCCGGUGUUGGCUCCGACCACGUCGACCUCAACGCCGCCAACAAGACCAAUGGCGGUAUCACUGUUGCCGAAGUCACUGGCUGCAAUGUUGUCUCCGUUGCGGAGCACGUUGUCAUGACUAUCCUCACCCUGGUCCGCAACUUCGUUCCUGCCCAUGAGCAGAUCCGUAACGGCGAAUGGGACGUUGCUGCCGUUGCCAAGAACGAGUACGAUUUGGAGAACAAGGUCGUCGGAACUGUCGCUGUCGGCCGCAUCGGUGAGCGUGUCCUGCGCCGUCUCAAGCCUUUCGACUGCAAGGAGCUGCUCUACUACGACUACCAGCCUCUCUCCCCUGAGGUCGAGAAGGAGAUCGGCUGCCGCCGUGUUGACGACCUCGAGGAGAUGCUCGCUCAGUGUGAUGUCGUUACCAUCAACUGCCCUCUGCACGAGAAGACUCGUGGUCUGUUCAACAAGGACCUCAUCUCCAAGAUGAAGAAGGGCUCUUGGCUCAUCAACACCGCUCGUGGUGCCAUCGUUGUCAAGGAGGACGUCGCCGAGGCCGUCAAGUCUGGUCACUUGAGAGGCUACGGAGGUGAUGUCUGGUUCCCUCAGCCCGCCCCCAAGGAUCACCCUCUGCGCUACGUCCAGGGCCCCUGGGGCGGCGGCAACGCCAUGGUUCCCCACAUGUCCGGUACCUCCAUCGACGCCCAGAUCCGUUAUGCCAACGGCACCAAGGCUAUUCUCGAGAGCUACUUCUCCGGUCGCCACGACUACAGAAACGAGGACCUCAUCGUCCACAAUGGUGACUAUGUCACUCGCGCCUACGGUCAGCGCAACAAGGCUUAAACCCCGGAGGACAUUAAUAUGAAAUACAUGACUCGAAUAGUUCGGCAGAUGUUCCUGGUUUGAACGUCUCCUUGACGAUUUAGCUAUUUAUGAUACCUUCAAAAUACAAAUAUCUUCAGUG